UGAACACCCCGCAAAAGGCAUUUUACGUGGUGUUCUUGGAUUCAUCAACAGGUUUUGAACCAGCCCCUGCUGUUCACACUUUCUACCGUUAGACGGCGGUAAAACAGGAUGAAACCCAGAACACACGGUGCCUUUGGGGACGGUAGUAAAUAUGAAUAUUUAAUAACAGAUAAUAACGCGAGAUAUGUUUUCAGACGCCCCGACAUUUCAGUUUUACUUAGAAAACGUCAUACACACGUCCCGGUGAAACAUUCCUUGGAUUUUUUCCGCCGGAUUUAUUUAUAAUAACCUCACACAUUGUCACGUUACUAAGCGUGAUAUAACUACGAUAGUACUUUUUUACGAGGUGUUCCUUAACGCAUCACCAGGAUCCAGAAAUGUACGGAGAUUAAGAGUAGCUGACUGUUGUUGUUUUUAAUAGCACUGGUGUAUUGAACUAACACAUGGAAUCAUUAGUUUCUUCCAUGUUUUGAGGUCCGUAGUCAUUAUUGGGAGUACAACUCCCUUCUCCGAAGCUGUCAACGGAGCAAGGAGGAUGACAUGUCCCAAAGAAGUUGGUGGCGACGACUGCUGCUGAACGAGGUCGCUGCUUGCCCGAAGGAGAGCCACUGAGAGCCGCCUCAACUUUGCGAACGCCUCGAUAACAAAAAAAAGAAGACGACCGGUUGAAAGAUUUUCCUUUUCGCCGCAAUACUUGGCGUUAAAAGUGCCAAAUGGACAUUUGAAAAAAAAUGCACGGCCGAUUCGUCCACGCGAACGGCCAUGGAGCAGUCGGAAGGACCAACUGAAUAAACCAAGCACUCAUCGACUUGUUUGGCGGCUCCAGCAACUAGCCCGCACCAGCUUCCCUCAGCAUCAGACAUGUUUCCCCGGCCCAGCGGCGAAAUCCAGCGGAGAAACCCCCAGCACGACUUUGAGCUCAUCCAGCGGGUGGGAAGUGGCACCUAUGGGGAUGUCUACAAGGCCCGCAAUAUCCAAACCGGAGAGCUGACGGCGGUCAAGAUCAUCAAGCUGGAAGCAGGGGACGACUUUUCCAUCAUCCAGCAGGAAAUCUUCAUGGUGAAGGAAUGCAUGCACCACAACAUCGUGGCCUACUUUGGGAGCUACCUCUGUCGGGAGAAGCUGUGGAUAUGCAUGGAGUACUGCGGUGGCGGAUCCCUGCAGGACAUUUAUCAUGUGACGGGUCCUUUGUCAGAGAUGCAGAUUGCAUACAUGUGCCGGGAGACUUUACAGGGUUUGGGAUACUUACACACCAAAGGCAAGAUGCACCGUGACAUUAAGGGUGCCAACAUACUUCUGACGAACGAUGGCGACGUCAAGUUGGCUGACUUUGGUGUCGCGGCAAAAAUAACAGCCACCAUCGCCAAGAGAAAGUCCUUCAUCGGGACGCCUUACUGGAUGGCUCCAGAGGUGGCCGCAGUGGAGAAGAACGGUGGCUACAACCAGCUGUGCGACAUCUGGGCAGUGGGCAUCACGUCCAUCGAGCUGGCUGAGUUGCAGCCCCCUAUGUUUGAUUUGCACCCAAUGAGGGCCUUGUUUCUUAUGUCAAAGAGCAGCUUCCAACCGCCCAAGCUAAAAGACAAAAACAAAUGGUCCGCCGCCUUCCACAACUUUGUCAAAGUGUCCCUGACCAAGAACCCCAAAAAGAGGCCCACAGCAGAAAAGCUCCUUUCGCAUGUGUACGUGGCGCAGACGGGCUUGACUAGGCGGCUCGCCGUCGACCUCCUGGACAAGAUGAACAACCCCGACAACCACCAGCAUUAUGGUGAUGCGGAUGACGAUGACCUUGAGCCCCUCUCUGUGGUCCGACACACCAUCCGCUCCACCAACAAGCACGCUCGGGCAGAGAGGACGCGCUCUGAAAUGGCCUCAAACAAUGGGACAGAGCAAGGAGGGCCGCAAUCCCCUCAAGGGAGCCGAGCAGUCGACAAGUUGCAGUUUGAGCCGCCGCUGCGGAAGGAAACGGAGGCCCAUUCAGAAAUGGAUGUGAGUAAAGAUAAUGACUUCCAGUCCCCCUGGAGUCCCUUUGCCGAGGGGGGAAUAACAGCCAGGAGUCUCCUCAAAAGCGUUGAGGACGAGUUGUUCCAACGGGGACACGUCGCUCACCUCCAGGACGCCUUUGAAGAAGUGGAACUAUCCACACUCAAGCCAGGCUAUCCUCCUCCUCGGCCCCCGAAGCCCCGCUUGCAAAUCCCCUGUGAGGACGCAGGUCUCAGCGACGAGCGCUUGCUGACGGUGCGACGCUUCCCCAACGCGGAAAACGGUCCGGGGCAGGCGGCGCGACGCCGGAGCACGCCGGAGCAUGGCAACAAGGCGGGCAGCUCGUCGCCGGACUACCUUUCUGUCAGCGUCAGCAGCCCUGGGCUCUUGUCUCAGGCUUCGGACCAGGCUGUCAGUAAGUGCGAAGGCAAAGACGACGACUCGGACGGAAGCGUGAAUGGCGACAGUCCCAAGGCGACACCCAACCGGGCACAUCGGAAGCUGAAGAAGGAUUUUCCUAAACCGGCUAUCAACGGCUUGCCGCCCACACCGAAAGUGCUGAUGGGAGCUUGUUUCUCAAAAGUGUUCGAUGGGUGUCCUCUGAAGAUCAACUGUGCCACGUCUUGGAUCCAUCCGGACACCAAAGACCAGUACCUGAUCUUUGGGACAGAGGAUGGUAUCUAUACGCUCAAUUUGAACGAGCUGCAUGAGGCCACGAUGGAGCAGCUGUUCCCCAGGAAGUGCACAUGGCUGUACGUUAUCAACAACAACCUGAUGUCUUUAUCGGGGAAAAACUUCCAGCUGUAUUCCCACAACCUCAUUGGGCUCUUUGAGCAGCUGAAGAAACCCGGUUUGGCCGCCCAGCUCCAGACGCACCGCUUCCCGGACAAGAUUCUACCGAGGAGGUUCGCCUUGACGACCAAGAUCCCCGACACAAAGGGUUGUCACAAGUGCUGCAUCGUGAGGAACCCAUACACAGGCCACAAGUAUCUAUGUGGAGCGCUGCAGUCCGGCAUUGUCCUCCUGCAGUGGUAUGAGCCCAUGCAGAGGUUUAUGCUCAUCAAGCACUUUGACUUCCCACUUCCCAGCCCGCUGAAAGUGUUCGAGAUGCUGGUGGUGCCCGAGCAGGAGUACCCGCUGCUGUGCGUGGCCAUCAGCCAGGGCGCCGAGCCCGGCCAGGUGGUGCGCUUCGAGACCAUUAACCUCAACUCCUGCUCUUCCUGGUUCACCGAGAUGGGAACCAAUAAUCAGCAGGUGGAUGCCAUCCAUGUUACCCAGCUGGAGAGAGACACUGUGUUGGUGUGUUUGGACCAAAAUUUGAAGAUUGUUAACCUUCAAGGCAAGUUGAAGUCCAACAAGAAGCUGGCAUCCGAGCUCAGUUUUGACUUUGGCAUCGGAUCUGUUGUUUGCCUGCAGGACAGCGUUCUGGCCUUCUGGAAGCACGGCAUGCAGGGCAAGAGCUUCAAAUCGAAUGAGGUAACGCAGGAGAUCUGUGACCCGAGCAGAGUUUUCCGCCUCCUCGGAUCUGACAGGGUGGUGGUUCUGGAGAGCCGACCCACGGACAACCCAACGGCGCUGAGCAACCUCUAUAUCCUGGCGGGUCACGAGAACAGUUACUGAUCCAUCGAGCGUGUUUAUUUUUUUUAAAUCUUUUUUUUGGGGGGGGGGCGUCAUGGGAUGUUGUUUCCAUUGAGCUGACCACAGCUCAGCUCGUUGGACUCACAAGGAGCCUGUGAGGAACGUGCAUCACAGCAGAAGGUUACAAAUAUGAUUUUUUUUUUUUUAAUCCUCUACAUUUUACAUCCACUUAUUUGGAGGUCUUAUAAGUGCCAUUACAAGCUGGUGAGUAUCUUUUUGGGAGACUUUUAGCGCCCACAGGCUUGGAGCUUCUGCCAUCCAACUCGAGCAGAGCAGCACAACCACCUGAGCCACUUGCGCUUUAAUUUAAGCAAUAUUUAUUAGCAUUAUUAAUAUUAACCUCGGGUAUCUCGGACUACCUAAUAACCGGCAGCCUUCUGAGUAGCUUUUGGGUUCUACUUGCGUUGUAACAUAGUCAUAUCCAACCUUUUUAAAUUUUGAAUAUAAUGUACAAUUGUGUAAUCUUCCCUCUGCUUUUACUCUUUUAUAGACUUUUAAUUUCUUAUUUGCACCGUGUAAGCACUUUUGUACAUUUUUCCUUUUUUUUUUUUUUUUUAAAUGUAAUUUAAGAUGACAACAUGAGGGACGACGCGCUUCUGUCAACAUCUUUGCAUUCCCUUUGCAAAAUGUUUUCACCUAUGCUGUUUUUUUAAAUUAAAAGAAAAAGCUGUUGCUGACAA